UAAGGCCGCUGCUUUCAUUGCGUGGCCCUCAUUGGGUCCACACCCUUCCGUAUUUUGGGUGAACAUGUUAUUUGACAUAUGUGGUUUCCGUGGAAGAACCCUAACAAUGCUGAGGUAUCACGAAAGGAAAGUCCCAUAACAGACGCUCCCGAAGCGAACACUGAGCUCCCAACCGGUCGAAACGUACAAGACACCGCAAAGCCGGCAAAGGAUGAAGAAGCCCCGGUCACCCAGCCGUUGCCGGCGGAGAAAGUUGUUCACGACAGCUCUUUGGUCACACAUCCGGCUGGAUCGCAGCCUGAAAUGAGCUCUAGUUCGGACUCUGUGGGACGGCAAGCAGAAGAGAAGGAUGUUCGACAACAGACCUCAGAGGUCCAGGAGAUCCGUCUCGCUGGUAGGAACCAAUCUGCAGAAUCACAGAGUACCAACAAGGAGCGCACGCUGGCAGAUCCUUUCCUCACUCUCACCGAUGAAGGGACCCGUCAAGAUACCGCCAUCCUGGAGCCUACUUCCAAUACUCUGGACGAGACUUGGAGACAGCUGAGUAGUCUGGUCGACUCCUACACUGGGAAUCUGAUCACAGCCGGAGAUGCUCGGCGAGAUGUCUGUGCAAAGAGGGAAAUUGUUCUUCGGCAGUUGGACGUUUUCAGUGCUUCAAAUGGAGGUUUGAUACCACCGGAUCUUCAUGGAGCCCUCUCGAAUCUGCAAGAAGCCGAGCAGAAGCUCCAGGAGGAGGACACGUUGUUAGUCGAGCAGGGCGACCAAAUCGUGGAGCAAGGCACCAGAAUUUUCGGACCAGCGACACAGGCAACCCUGGAUUUCCUUCAACAACAGGGGAUUACUGUGCAGUCUUUGGACACUCGAUCACAAGGCUCAAUUGUAUCGCAGAAUGAUAUACGACGCGACGAGACUACAGAUGCUCGGCUCUAUCUGUCCAAGAAAGGUGACGUCGAUUUACUCCGGGAAAAUUUGAUGGAGCUGGAGGAAGAGCAGAUUCUGGCCGCAGAAGGUGUGAACAAUAACCAAGAAGAACCAGCUAUUCUGGGGGCCCUGGAAUCACGGAAGCGAGACCUGAUGCAACAAUUGGAGGAGGCGGAGGAGACCCUGCUACAACUCAGAGAUAAAUUGCCAGACCGACAAGUCAACAUCCCUGAAGAUCAACUUCGACCUUUAGGGGAAGAAGAGAUGCCUACAACAGAGCCUGCGAACCUUGACCCUGAACACGAAAUCGCACAGGAAACCAUGACCAUUACGGACCUGGACGAGAAUACUCGCCUCAUACCUAGUGGGCGGCAACACAGCCUUCGGCAAAUACUGAACACAGUGACGGACGACAACACCAUCAGAUCCAAUAUCCUUGUGAACGCUUACCUCCUGUAUCAGCUGAGAUUGUUGCCCGAGGAACAAGAGACUUAUACUGAAGCUUUGAAGCGGGCUGCACAAAGCACCGACUUCCCACUGGAGACGGACUUGAGGCAUCUUAUGCUCGGCCACUGGUUCGAGGAUGUGCCGAAAUCCAAAACAAAGUCAAAGCCUAGCAGGCGACGGGUUUUCAGUCAGGAAAAGGGGUCUCUAGCCGUGCAUACGACUCAGUCUCUGAGGACGACUCAACGGCAAAGUGAGCCGCAAAAGGUACAGCAUCGGCUGCCAUUUCACUCUGGAGAUGAACCGGCACGCCGAAGUCUUUCUCCUCGGAAUCAACACCUUAACGAUAGGGCAUCGCUCGGUUGAGAAGAGCAGGUCUUCCCUGUCAUGCGAGACGGCUUCGAGAAUUCGGCGUUUCACGCAAUUAAAUUGGCGUCACUGCAUUUCUGUGCAUCGGCUGCGUUCAUUUGUUCGAUUGUGCUGCAGAUUGUCACAGCUCUCCACCGUUCUCUUCUUUGCUUUGGGUGAUACAUCAUGUAAACUUCCUUGGGCAAGGCACCACCCACACGAUGGGAUCUGUCCCGGUUUGGAUGACCUUGCGCCAUCUCAAGGUCAUGGCU